CACGCCAAGGGGACACCGACGACCUACUACCCAUCAUCAUCUGAUCAUACCAUCGUCGAUAGUAAAGGAAUAUACGCGUUUGUUGGCUCUUCUUUCCUCCUCCUCCUCCACCCCUCCUACACUCGCUCACCACACGACGUCCCUUUGUACCCCGUUGACAUUUCGUCUGUCCGGGGGUUAGUGAGGCUUCGCGCGACUGUAACCGCAUCAAUCAGUCCCUUUGUGUAGGGAUCGCCUAUCUUCCGAGCGGUUUCAAGCGAUCAUCCUCUUUAUAUAGCUCCAAAGGUCAACUCUCGUUUCUCUCCAUUCUUAUCCCUCUCCCUUCUCCCCGCCACUCCGUCAUCGCCAUGUUUGACCGUAACAUCUUUGGCGAUCCGACUCAUUUCUUGAGUCUGACAUCGCGUUCCAUCUCGUCGAGUGUUCUCGCUGGCGAUAACCCAUCGGCUUAUGAUCCCGCCAAUCCAAUCACCCUCUUCAUCAUCCAGCUCGUCAUCAUCAUAUCCUUCACUUCUUGCCUAGGAUGGGCCUUCUCAUUCAUCAAGCAGCCGCGAGUCAUUGCGGAAGUCAUCGGAGGCGUCAUUCUCGGUCCCACAGUCUUUGGUCGAAUCCCAAACUUUUCACGUCGAAUCUUCCCCCAUGACUCUCUACCAUUCCUCAACCUCGUCUCUACCAUCGGUUUGAUCCUCUUCCUAUUCCUGGUCGGUCUAGAAGUGGACGUGAGCGUCAUGAAGAAGAAUGGGCGGAACAGCGCGAUCAUCUCAGCAGCAGGUAUGCUCCUUCCCUUCGGACUAGGAGCAGCAGUCGCUGUACCGGUCUACCACAACUUUGUCGACCCUUCGACCACCUUUGGCCAUUUCCUACUCUUCGUCGGAGUCGCCAUGGCCAUCACCGCUUUCCCCGUCCUCUGUCGAAUCUUGACUUCCACCAAACUUCUCGACACUAAAGUCGGUGUCAUCGUCCUCGCUGCUGGCGUAGGCAACGAUGUCGUCGGAUGGGCGUUGAUUUUACUGUUUCCCAUCAAGUGGGGCUUUAGAUGGAUGGCGAGAAAGUCAGGCUCGAUAGAUCAAGGAUCGCCUACGCCCUUUAUGAUGGUUCUGACCCUCCUGGUGGUGUUCAGCUCGGCAUUCGUCACGGACAUUAUCGGCGUCCACCCCAUCUUUGGCGGCUUCAUUGCGGGUCUGAUAAUCCCCCACGAAGGCGGUUUCGCCAUUGCCCUCGUAGAGAAGAUUGAUGAUCUCGUGUCGAUGCUGUUCUUGCCAAUCUAUUUCGUUCUCUCUGGCCUUUCGACAAACCUCGGUCUCAUCAACACUGGGAAAGACUGGGGAUUCGUCAUUCUUCUCUGUGUCGUGGCUUGGAUCGGUAAAUUCGUCGGAUGCGCAGGUACUGCCAAAUUGCUCAAGUACAGCACCCGAGAGAGUGGUGCCAUUGGCAUGUUGAUGUCUUGCAAAGGGCUUGUCGAGCUCAUCGUCCUCAACGUCGGCCUACAAGUCGGUAUCAUUGACCAACGACUUUUCUCCAUGUUUGUCGUUGAGGCGGUCGUCCUGACAUUCAUCACGACGCCCUUGACCGUCCUUAUUUACCCUGAAAGACACCGUUCGCGUGGAUCUGCUUUGGAGAAACGACCUACUCGGGAUGUUGAGAAGGAGGGAAUGGCCGGCGGUCUGAGAUUCGGCGUCGGUGCAGGAGGCAGAGAGACCACCACGAGGCUACUCGUCGUCCUUCAAAAGAUUGAACACCUCUCGCCCGUCAUGCUCCUCGCUCAGAUGCUCGAACCUCAACAUAUCAAGGCUCGGCAACCUUGGUCCGGAUCUGGUCUCAUGACGAAGAGCGCCAGCAAAGGCAGUAGCACAGUCGGUGGAGGCGACAUCUCCGAAGAGUCUGUCGAGAGCCUGCGAGACGAUACCGGCGGCCGCUUGUCAAAGAGUGGCGAUCAGGCACCGAUGACCGUCGCUCGUACCACCGGGCCCAAUCUUUCUGCUGUCCAGAUCGACGCACUCAAGCUCAUUGAAUUGACUGGUCGAACUUUUUCCGUUAUGCAGUCCGCUGAGAAGGAUCAAUUGCUCCUGACGGAUGACGCUCUCCAACUGUUCCGACAAUUCGGUCGAUUACGAGGCCUCGAAGUGACGCCCCAUAUCUCCAUCGUCGGACAGGACUCGUACCCAAAUGCCGUGGCCGACUAUGCCGAUAAUCUAGGUACAGAGUUGACCAUUCUCCCUUGGACCAUUCCUCCCCUGAGCGGCAAUGCCCCCGGAACGCUAUCGCUCUCGGACAGUGACAAGGAGGCGACUCCAGCUGCUGCCAAUCCAUCAGCUACACUGUCGUCCUUUGAAAAAAUUUUUGGCGUGGAAACUGCUGGAUCGCCCAUUUACACUCACUUUCUCCGACGUGUCUUUACGGAAUGCACCACCGAUACUGCAUUGUUCAUCGACCGAGGUUUCUCUUCCGGAACAUUUUCCCCCGGAGCCGGACAGCACAUUUUCAUGCCAUUUUACGGUGGCCCUGAUGAUCGAUUAGCACUUCGAUUCGCGGUUCAGUUGUGUCACCAUAGCAGUGUGACGGCGACGAUUGUGCGCAUCAUCGAAGACGUCACUGUGGAUGACGAUGACGAAUCGGCCUUGGUCAAGGCGGGCAAGAAUGGCAUGUCAGAGUCGAUGCAGGUCCACCAGAACGCUCUGUUGUCGAAUCAACUUACGGUUGGACCAUCAGCCGCCGGGCCCAUUGGAGAAUCUUCUGCACGAUUGGCUUCUGAAACUGCAGACGAUGUGGCUUGGGCCUACUACACUGCUCCACUCCCCGCCUCUGCUCGAUCUGCCUCGCUCACUGAAGCUCUAAGCAGAACAGCAUUCUGGACACAAACGACCUCUUCUCCCCUCUCUUAUGCUCUCUCCACCGCUGAAUCUUCCGCUCGAGCCAUGGCUUCAGAUUCUCUCUGGCGGCCCAUGAUGAUCAUCACGGGUCGAGGGAGACGAGGCGCAAAGAUCAAUCACAGUGUCGAAUUGAACAAGUCGCUCGUUGAAAAGGGUCAGAACCCAAGUGUAGGCGCGGAAUUGAGAAAGACAGUAGGGGAUAGCGCGACGGCCAUGAUACUUGGUGGUGGUCAACCGGCUCAGGCUAGCUUGUUGAUUUUGGAAGCUUCGGGAAGGUAGAAUCACAAGCCACGAGCUACGGGCUACAAGCACGCAGUGGUGCGAUCGAGGGAAGGGCGAGUCUCAAAGCGCUCAGCGAAGAACGGCGUCCACCAUGGCGUUCUGGGGAACGCUCCUGUUACGAAUCAUGUCAUAUUUUUAAUGUCCUUGUGUUAACGACCCAUAUUUCUAUUAUCAUUGU